AUGUCAUCAAAUUCAAAUUCAACAGGCCGUCAGGGCUCAUCUUCUGGAAGCCCGUCAUCUCACCGGGACUGGUUUCAUCCCAAGACACCUCAGAAGAAACAGCAGAAAGACAGCAAAGGCUCUUUCGAUCGCCAGAUUCAGAACCGAGCCCACUGGGAAGAACUUCUUGUCUGGGACCUGAACAGCAUCCAAAAGCUGCGCGAGCUCAUCUUAAUUUGGGUUCAAGCCGAGGUUUCGGCAAGCAACAUUGGCGAAUUUCUCCAGCAAGUUCUCUACCGGCGUGAUGAACAUUUGAACUAUAGAUUGACGAAAAUGGUGGAUAACGGUGCGACUCACGCGGAAAUCGCGCACACAAUAAUGCAACACUACCAGAUUCGGGACCACAAUGAUAAACCCCUCUGGGUAGACGUCAAAUUGCAGAGUCCGAGCUCAGGUGAUACUGGGAAACCGAAAGCAAGACAUUCAGGACAUGAAGAACCUUGGUCUCCUACUUCGGCUCCAGUUCGUCCCACACAAUGGCCCCUGUUCCUGCAAGAUCUUAACAUAGAUAGUUCCGUUGAGAAUUUCUGUGAAGAAAGUGAUGAGAGAGAUGAUGAAUCUAGCAGGCCUAGACGCUCUAUCAACUUCGGUGAGGAAGAUAUUCCCAUUCUAGAUGACGAGCGGAGGAUUGUAUUGAUCAAUAACACAGGAACCCAACCUAAACGCAUGACUCAAAUUUAUAAAUGUGAUAAUCUGACGCUAAUUGGUAAUAUACAGACUCAAGUUCCUACUACUCUUAUCGACUCCCAACGCGUGCCUACUCCAAGCGUUCUGGUAGGUAUCAUUGUUGCAAGACCGGUUCUUCAAUGGCGAGUGAGUACUUAA